UUUUUUUUUUUUUCUUAUUCUUUUUCUUUUUAAUCGCAAAGAACAUGUUGAUUUCAAAGAAAAUAUUAGCAUUCGCUGCUGGGCUUGGGUCUUUGGUCUUAACCAAUGCCUUGACUCCCAUGCAAGUGACUAUGCGUCAUGUCGAGUAUGAACAACUUGGGUUCCGUAUCCUGAAAAGCAAUAACGUGGAAGGAUAUUCCGUUAGAAUCAAGGAACCCAAGUCCUGCGAAGAAGGUGUUCAAUAUUCUGGAUAUAUCGAUAAACAUGAUACCGAUGAUCACUUUUUCUUCUACUUUUUUGAAUCCAGAACAGACCCUGCCACCGAUCCUACGGUCUUGUGGUUAAACGGUGGUCCUGGUUGCUCUUCUAUGAUGGGUUUAUGGAUGGAAUUAGGUCCUUGUCAGGUCAAUGCGUAUGGUAACGAUACGAUGCGUAACCCAUACAGUUGGAACACAGCCGCCAACGUUGUCUUUUUGGACCAGCCUGUCAAUGUAGGCUAUAGUUAUGGCGAAACUAAGGUCAAAAACACGCAAGAAUCUGCGCGUGAUGUCUAUGCAUUUUUACAACUCUUCUUUUCGGAGUAUUCCAAAUAUGCCGCCAGCCCCUUCCACAUCUCUGGUGAGUCUUAUGGUGGUCAUUAUCUUCCUGCUAUCUCAACAGAGAUCAUCCGUAACAAUAACGAAUUAGCUCCUGGUGCCAUCAAGAUUAACUAUCAGUCCAUGUUGAUUGGUAAUGGAUGGACCGACCCUCGUACCCAGUUCCAACAUUAUGAAACGUUCGGGUGCGCCACCGAUAGUGAAUAUAAACCUUUGUUUGAUGCCGAGACCUGUGAAAAUAUGAAGAGCUCAUACCCACGUUGCGAGAAAUUAAUGGAUGCUUGUUACAAGUUCCAGAACUCGCUUACUUGUAUUCCUGCUAGCAUGUAUUGUGAAAAGACACAAGCCGGUGCCUUUGAUAAGACAGGUUUGAACCCCUAUGAUAUCCGUAAAGACUGUGAAGGUGAUAGUGGAUUGUGUUAUGACUUGAUUGAAUCCAUUGAGAAAUACGCUAAUGAUGAGCAGGUCAAGGAGAGCUUGGGUGUGGAUGCGAAAGCGGGAAAAUAUUCUGGCUGCAGUAAUUCUGUCGGUUACAGAUUUUAUCAAACAGGUGAUGGUGGUAAAGACUUUUCGGGCCAUGUUGCUGAAACUUUAGAAGCUGGUAUCCGUGUCUUACUCUAUGUCGGUGAUAUGGAUUGGAUCUGUAACUGGGUCGGUAAUUUGGAAUGGAGUAAAAAGAUGGAAUGGUCCGGUAAAGAGGGAUAUAACGCUGCCGUGGAUGAAAAGUGGUAUAGCGAUCUCACAGGUCAACAUGCUGGUAAUGUCCGUUCUUCUGGUAACCUUACGUUUUUGAGAAUUUUUGAUGCUGGCCAUAUGGUUCCUUAUGAUCAACCUGAAAAUGCCCUUGAUUUCUUCAACAAGUGGUUGAGUGAAAUUCCUUUAGACAAUUAAAUAAAUUAUUUAUCAUUGCCUGUCCUUA